AUGGAUGGAGAGCGUAGUCGGAAUAAAGAGCGUCUCGAGGCCAGUUUGACAUGGCUGUGUGAGCUGGAAAUGUUAAAGCAGCGGCAGGAGAGUCUGAUCAUAGGCGCAUUGUCUCUCGGGGACAUUGUGCCUGGAUGCCCGGCGUGGGGUGAUGUCGGUCCUGCCCGCAGCAGCAGAGAGCAGGAGCAGCUGACUUUAAGACGACAACUGAAUCGGCUACAGGGUGCCCCCAGCCUGCUAAUGCUGGCACUGCAACAGCAGCUCGGUGAGUUGAUUGUGGAUACAGGACUCGCAUGUGAGCAGAAUACAGAGGAGGAUUUGGACAGUCCCAGUGCAUCUAGUUCAGGGUUUUACGACCAGAGUGAGAGUCUGUCUCCACCACUGCAUACCUGUUCCACACCAAACCUUGCUGUCUCCUUUCACAGGCCCAGAUCAAUGGAUGCCUACAUGCUGGACUGGGAGGCUCAUAUGAAGUCCCCAAUACAUGCCACCCUCCCUCGCUCAUUUUCUGCCCCAUACCCCACUCUAGAGGGUAUUGCUGAGGGAACAGAGGAAGAGGAGGAUGAAGAAAGCCAUCAGUGGACUACAGAUCAGAUGGUGGAAGUAGGGUCAAUGUCUAAUGGUAAUGGAAGACUUAUGCCUAUGAUUAGCAUCACUACUGAUGCUGAGGCAGAUCCUACAGAGAAGAUAGAAGACUGCCCAAUGGCAAAAGACAUCCAGCAGGCCAUGCAUACGGAGACGUACAUCCUGGGUCUCCUGCAGCGUCAAAACCUCAGAUCUACACCAGAACUGGACUCUGAUCCCAAUCAGUGGCAAAACUUACACACAUACCCACCCAGUUACCCUAACUAUCCAGACCUUCCACUUGAUCAACCAGAAUGGCAGAAUUGGGAAGAUCUCUUAGAGAAAGAGAAUGAGAGGGAGGCUCAUGAGGAAUAUUACAGGAACCUUACUAAUGUCCAAAUUGGACCAACUUUCAUGAGCAGUGAGGGGCCAGAAUGCUCCUUAGAAAUGGAUCAAGAUAGAGUUGCAGAAGUACUCACCAGCAACGUUGAGUUGGACUCCCCUCUGCAUCAACGUAAUUACCUUGAACACAAACCUACAAAGCCACAAUACAUUCACACCUGCUGCAAUCAUACCUGCACAUCUAUGUCAUCAACUCCAGAGUCUCGUGAGCAACACCAGUCCCUCACUUCUCAAGAGUGGACUCUUCUUCGGCCCUUAUUCAGAAGGGGUUCAGAAGAAAGUUGGACAUCCGCAGGACAUGAACACACCAAGACAACCACCCACUCUCGGUCAGAAAACAGUGACCUCUCUCGAGGAAGGGCCGCCCAACCUGAGCACAAAUACUUUACAGUGGGACGAGACAUGGGCAGUCACCGCAGUAACGACUUUUACCCAUCGAGUCAGCGCCUCUGGUGCUCCUCGUCAGAUCUCAGUCAAGAGGAGGAGGAGGGAAUAUCUAGAGAGAAGGCUUGUGAGCUCAAACAUAAUUGUUUACCUGUUCACAGCCUCAAACAUGCCUGUAUUAAGUUCAAGGAGCAGGACCAUAGGUUUGGGAAGGGGUUGGAGGCAGGUAUUGCACCAACCAAUGGUUCAAACUCCAGUCUAAGUGAAACUUUCUCCCCAGGGACCAGUUCGGUGUCUAGUGACUCAGAUGAGAGUGGAGGGCUGGUCUGGCCACAGCAGUUGCCCCCUUUUUUGCCUCCUCCCUCCUCACAGAACCCCUCCAAUGCUGUGGUCAAGAUUAAAGCCUCGCAUGCACUCAAAAAGAAGAUCAUGCGUUUUCGCUCAGGCUCGCUCAAACUUAUGACCACUGUCUGAGUCUGGCAACCCCAUAUACUGUAGAUCAGGUUUAAGAAAAUCUCUGCCCUUUUCUUGGCACAUGCUGAAAUGUUUUGGAUACAUUUUUUUACAGUUUUAGAAGAGUGCUCGAUCUUAUUUGAAGGAUAAGUUAAAGUUGUAUACCACCAUUCAUCAAAAACUUUGGUGUUAGCAUUUGUUCACAUCAUUAUGUUACUUUAAGUUAUGAUUUGUAGCCCAACCUCAA